AAGAGAAAUAAAAUAGUUUAGUUAAUAAGGGGAUAAGAAGGGUGUGGGAUGACAACAAAUAGGAUAUCUAAAAGUGUGCCUAGGUUUAUUUAACGUCACCCCACGCUCAGUGGGUGAGCAGUGAGCACGCACUCUCUGUGUCGAAAGGUCAAAAUGGUGAAUGUCUGAAGCACAGAUACAGAUACCAUCCAACGAAGGAGCGAGUAGCGAACAGGUGAAACGGUGGAAGCGUGAGGAACUGGCCUUCUCGUAGAUAGCGUUUGACAACUUCAAAGCCACAAAACGAGAGAUCCCCUAGAAGGGAGCCACGUGUCUGGCUGUCGUCCAUGUGAUACAUGGGCAGCUUCAAAGCACUAAAAAAUAUCUUAAGCGAGUGGGUUUAAAUCUUAAUAUCUUUCUCGAGGUGGGGCCGACGAGGCGCCAAUUGUCCCACAGAAAAAAUAUCCAAAUGCGCACACACACACACACAUAUAUUUUUUGAUAUUUUGGAUUUGGAUGGGAACGGAAGCGAAGUAAGAACCAAAGAAAAGAAAAUAAUAAAAAAAGAAGGGUGAAAUAAUAUCCACCACCAGCACCAACCACGAGAAGCCAAUGGGUUCUUGGCUUUAGAUUUUUGGUCCAAAAUCAGAUCUGAUUGAUGACGUGGACCAUGUGGGCCACCUUUCCGACUCUCUAGAUAUUUUCACAAAGGUGGAUAUUUUCGCCAGCCGUAGGAUCAGAACCAGCUUAACUUUGCUGUCUCCUUCUGCACCCUUCGAUGUGCUCGCUGUUAAACUUAACGGUGUCCAUCCAUCCUUACAUACGUUGCCUUUUUCUUUUGUUGCUCUCUUUUUUACCCUCCAAAUUUGGUUACAAACAUAUCUAAUUUUCUGUGCUCGGUUUUCGCGAACCACCUGGGAAGAUUCUCAUGCUAUACGGCGAUUCCGAUUCCAUUGGAAUAUGGGGGAGGUGGUGACGAGUGGAGACAAGUUACUCAGAGUGGAAGAGGAGGUGGAAGUACUCCAAGAGAAGCACACGGAAGAAGAGAGUUUAAGUGGGAGCAAAGGUGAAUUGAAGGGCUUGAUGAGGUGGGAGAAGUUCUUGCCCAGGAUGAUUCUGAGGGUGCUCUUGGUUGAAGCUGAUGAUUCCACUCGCCAGAUUAUAGCUGCGCUUCUCAGGAAAUGCAGUUACAAAGUGGCUGCUGUUCCUGAUGGCCUGAAGGCAUGGGAGUUACUCAAGGGAAGACCACACAAUGUUGAUCUAAUAUUGACAGAAGUUGAUUUGCCAUCCAUAUCUGGCUAUGCGCUUCUCACAUUAAUUAUGGAGCAUGAUAUUUGCAAAAACAUCCCUGUCAUAAUGAUGUCCUCACAAGAUUCAAUUAGCACGGUAUACAGAUGCAUGCUGAGAGGUGCCGCUGAUUAUCUUGUUAAGCCCAUUAGAAAAAAUGAACUGAGGAAUUUGUGGCAACAUGUUUGGAGAAGACAAUCCUCAACCAUGGGCGUCAAUGGCCCUCAAGACGAGAGUGUUGCUCAGCAGAAGGUUGAAGCCACUGCUGAAAACAAUGCUGCUAGUAAUCGUUCAAGUGGCGAUGCCGCAUGCAUUCAGAGAAAUAAGGAAUUGAUUGAGAAAGGAAGUGAUGCGCAGAGCUCUUGUACAAAGCCUGACUUGGAAGCUGAGAGUGGCCCGGUCGAUAAGGUGCAGGAAUUUUCUCUGUUGAAAUCCGGGGAAGCAUAUCCAAAUGGAACAGAGACACAGGAGGUCGAAACAUGUAUUCGUUUAGGCCAGACAUUGAUGAGGCAUAACAGUAAUGCUGGAGAAUUAACUGUAGGUAUCCACAAAAAUGGUGAGACAAGCACAACUAAUGGCAAGGAUGGUGAUCCAGAGCAUUUUGGGAGUGCUAGCAUCAGUGGUGAGGCUCAUGACAAUCACUAUGUUCAAAUUAACUCUUCUAGGGAAGCUAUUGACUUGAUUGGAGCAUUUCAUACUCAUCCAAACUGCAGUCUCAAAAACCCCUCAGUUAAUUGCACAGGAAUGUUGGACUUUUCUCCUCAGUUGGAUCUUUCCCUGAGAAGAUCUCAUCCCAGCAGUUUUGAGAAUGAACCCACUGAAGAAAGGCACACCCUCAUGCAUUCGAAUGCAUCAGCUUUCAAGCGGUAUACUAACAAGCCAUCACAAGGCUCGCCUCCUGCAGUGUUAAUUAACUUCUCCGACCAACAGAAAGAACAAAGAACAAAUGGUGAGAAAAAUAUCUCUCAUAUUGCCACUGGCUGCAAUUCUGAUAGUUCAACGCCUAGCACGCAACGAUGUAUCUUGUCUCCAACCACAGUCCAAUCAAAAGAAUCUGAACUUGCAACCUCACACUCCCAUCAAGGGCAUUCAUUCCCAAUUCCAGUAAAAGGUGUGAGGUUCAACGAUCUACGUACAGCCUAUGGUUCUGUACUUCCUCCAGUGUUUCAUACACAGUCUGGUCCACCAUCAAUGCCAAGUCCAAGUCCAGUUGUGAUCCUUGAACCAAACUUUCAAGUGAAUACAUUUUAUCAGUCAAAUAUGAAAGAGAGCAGUUCAGAGCAGCUUUAUGAACCUCGCGGCCCAAAUGGAAACAGCACCACAAACCACGUUGUGUACACGCAUGAACACAAAUCAGAACAUGGAGAGGAGCGAGGACACAUAUCUCCAGCAACUGAUCAAAGUGUAUCUAGUAGUUUCUGCAAUGGAAAUGCAAGCCAUCUUAACAGCAUCGGUUAUGGAAGCAAUUGUGGCAGUAAUAGCAAUGUUGAUCAAGUUGCCACUGUCAGGGCAGCUUCAGAAGGUAAGAAUGGAGACCUCACAAACAACGGAAACUCUCAUCGAUCAAUCCAAAGAGAAGCAGCUCUGAACAAGUUCCGCUUGAAAAGGAAAGAGAGAUGCUAUGAGAAGAAGGUUCGAUAUGAGAGCAGAAAGAAACUAGCAGAGCAGCGUCCAAGAGUGAAAGGACAAUUUGUUCGUCAAGUGCAUGCUGAUCCUCUUGUUGCAGAAAAAGAUGGCAAAGAAUAAGAUCAUGCACAGGUUUCUGACUCACUGAAGAGGAGAGCAUGAGUUGUUAGUAUAGUUCUUCCAAAUUUUGUUUUCCUCAAUCUUUAAAUACCUAAAACACUUGAUCUGUAUAUGCUUCCUAAAACCGUUUUUUCUCAUUUGCGUUUUUUCUCUAGAUCAUGAUAUAUAAUAUACCUUGUGUAAUAUAUCAUUGUAAUUUUAUACAGUUUUAUAGGGAUCUUCCUGCCACAUUAUUUAUUUAUUUAUUUUAAGGAGUUGUUUACUUACAA